ACAGUAUCCAAAGAAUAAUUGCUUGACAUACUCGUUUCGCUGCAUCUUUACAGACCAGAAAACCUCAAUUCAUCAUGGCUCCAACAGCUCAAGUUGCUAAGAAAGGCUCCAAGAAGGCAGUCAAGGCCCCUCGGCCCAGCGGUGGCAAGAAGAGGAACAUGAAAAGGAAGGAGAGUUAUGGAAUCUACAUCUACAAAGUCCUCAAGCAGGUUCAUCCAGAUACCGGCAUCUCCAGUCGGGCCAUGGUCAUCAUGAACAGCUUCGUCAACGACAUCUUCGAGCGAAUUGCCGGCGAAUCUUCCCGCCUCGCUCAGUACAACAAAAAGUCAACCAUCAGCAGUCGCGAGAUUCAGACCGCCGUCCGCCUCAUUCUCCCCGGAGAGCUGGCAAAGCACGCUGUGAGCGAGGGUACCAAGGCAGUGACGAAAUACACUACCUCCAAGUAGACAGGUCAUAUCCUGCUCUAAUUGGACAUAA